AUGGGCUGCUUCCAGUCCAAAACAGCACACCUCCCUUCCCCAGACCAAGACCCUCCUGUCACAGAUCCAGCUAAUGGAGAGGAAUUAGAAGAUGAACAAGCAGUUCCUGCUUUCAAAGAGUUCAGUCUAGCAGAGCUAAGAGCAGCCACCAAUGGGUUCAACUCAGAACUUAUAGUCUCCGAGAGUGGGGAGAAGGCGCCCAAUGUUGUUUACAGAGGCAAGCUUCGCAAUAAUCGAUUGGUGGCCAUUAAACGCUUUUCUAAGCAAUCUUGGCCCGACCCACAUCAAUUUUUGGCGGAGGCUGCCGGGGUUGGCAAGGUUAGGCACAAACGUUUGGUGAAUUUGAUCGGGUGUUGUGCUGAGGGAGAUGAGAGGCUGUUGGUGGCAGAGUACAUGCCUAAUGAUACUCUCUCAAAGCACCUCUUUCACUGGGAGAAACAGCCAUUGCCAUGGGAUAUGCGUGUGAGAGUUGCAUACUAUAUUGCACAAGCCCUUGAUCAUUGCAAUACAGAAAACCGAAAACUGUAUCAUGACUUAAAUGCAUACAGAGUUCUCUUUGAUGAGGAUGGUGACCCGCGGUUGUCUAGCUUUGGUCUGAUAAAAAAUAGCCGAGAUGGAAAAAGCUAUAGCACUAACUUGGCUUAUACUCCACCUGAAUUUUUGCGGACAGGUAGGGUCAUUCCAGAGAGUGUGAUCUACAGUUAUGGAACUGUUCUUCUUGACCUUUUGAGUGGAAAACAUAUCCCUCCUAGCCAUGCACUGGACUUGAUAAGGGGAAAAAAUUUGUUAUUAUUAAUGGAUUCAUCCUUAGAAGGACAAUAUGCCAAUGAAGAUGCAACUGAGUUGGUUGAACUGGCCUCAAAAUGUCUUCAAUAUGAGGCUAAAGAUCGACCAGAGAUCACAUUUCUUCUUUCAGCUGUAGCCCCCCUCCAAAAGCAGACAGAGGUUGCCUCACUUGUUCUAAUGGGUUUAACUAAAACUCCAGUCGUGCUGCCAACCAUGCUUUCUCCCCUUGGAAAGGCUUGUGUACGGAUGGACCUUUCUGCAGUUCAUGAGAUUUUGCUAAAAACUGGUUAUAGAGAUGAAGAGGGUGCAGAAAAUGAACUGUCAUUUCAAGAGUGGACACAACAAGUGCAAGAUAUGUUGAAUACCAAGAAAUUUGGGGAUAUUGCGUUUAGAGACAAGGAUUUUAAAAAUGCUGUGGAGUAUUAUUCAAAGUUGGUUUCCAUGAUGUCUGUUCCUUCGGGUACCGUAUUUGUGAGGCGAGCCCUCGCCUACUUAAUGAAUGGACAGCCAGAAUUAGCUUUGAGAGAUGCCAUGCAAGCUCAGGUGUGCUUGCCCGAGUGGCCAACUGCCUUCUACAUGCAGGCUCUCGCCCUCUCCAAACUGGGAAUGGAAACUGAUGCUCAGGACAUGCUAAACGACGGAGCUUCCUUUGAAGCGAAGAAGCAAAACAGCUGGCGCAAUUAG